ACGCGGGAAAUUCGUUCGAACCGUAAAUGUUCUGAGCGUUAUCGAUAUAGGAUGUAUUUUAUCGAAGUAUUUACAAAAACGAUUAUCGCGAAUAAAUUGGAAAGAAAUGGCAACGUUGAAAGUAUUAUCGUUUCAUCCCUCUUUACGAAAAGUUUGUUCAUUAAAGCGUCGCGUCUCGUUAUGGCUACUGUUUGGUCGAACGUCGGUCGCCGAGGAACGCUCGUUUCGCGUAGAUGUCGCCAGCGCGCUAAAAAGCAGCGCCCUCGAGCCUGCAGCUUCGAGAUCGAGCGCGCGACUAGAAUUUCGUGCAACGCACGAACGCGGAAACGUCAACGUUUCUGCUCGUUAUUUGCAAUCGUAAUUCGACGCGAUCCUUGGAAAGUAACCUUCGACGCGAAUCGUUGAACGUCUCGCAUCCAUAAACGUCGAACGUAAAACGCGAGCGCGCUUUUACGCGUUCGUUCGACGCAAACAGUUUGAUCGCAAAAAUCCCGAGAACGGAAAGAUUUACGAUUCGAACUGAACGAGUCGCGUCCUUACGAGCGGAACGAAGGUACGACGAGCGGUUGGGAUAACAGGGAACGAUGCGCGGUAAAGAACGAAAAGGUAUAUAGUCGGGGCCGGGAGGCGAGGGGUGGCGGCGCGGAGGCGAGGAGAGCCGCGGCGAGUCGAGUCGAGGCUAGACGAAACGAAAGAAGGCGAAAGGAUGCAUGGCUAGGUAACCGGCGAGACGAGACAAGACGCGGCGAGAAACGAGGCGGGGUAACGAUGCGAACGAAGAGAAGGCGAGAUCGGAAAGCAACAUCGUCGAGGAUGCAACGAGGGAUCGUACCGUUCUGCGUACUGGUGCUGGCCAUCGGUCUUUUCGCGUCGUCGAAUUUAUCGGUGAACGCCGCGCCGCAACAAAGUUACUGGAGUCAAUUCGAAGAGGAGGAUCCGGAAGCGCUGAUGGAUAUCAUAACUCGACUUGGACGCACUAUGAUGCUGAAUCCGGAAGUUGAAAACAGCAAACGCGGAUUGGAUUUGGGUUUGAGCCGUGGAUUCAGCGGUUCGCAGGCGGCGAAACAUCUGAUGGGAUUAGCGGCAGCGAAUUACGCCGGAGGACCUGGUCGACGACGCCGUUCCGAACAACCCUAGAUCACUGACAAUAGUGCUUCUCGAUUUUCACCUUCGUCUCGAUUUUUCUGAAACCUUCUCUCGCGUACGCGUCCCACUCUAUUUCUCCGUUCCUUCCUUCUUACCUUCCUUCGUAUGCUCUUCCUUACGAUAACGCACGAGCGUCUACCUCGAUUCCACGUGUGCGCUCACGAUCGACCUUUUUUUAUCCUAAAUGUUCCGUCUCUGUGCAUCGUGCUUUUCCCUUUUCUAUGGCUCGUAGAUAUUCCCAUCGGGUCGUUCGAACGAUAGCGUAUAGUCCGUGGAUAUUGCUCGUAAUGCGCGAUAACGAUGAUAAAAAAAGAAGACAGAAAAAUGGAGGUGAAUCGGGAAGAACACGAUGAAAAAUUUAUUCACGUAAAAUCGACCGAACAGCUCGAUAUGCGCGAUCGUCGACGACUACUGUGCGUUAGAACGUUCUAAGUUUAAACCUUAGACCGUAAUUCAAUGGACGUGCGCGUAUUGUUCGUUCGUACAUGUAGAAAUAGUCUUAUUAUUCGUCAUUUUCUUUACGAUGCCAUCGAUCGUAUCUCGAUACGCGCAUCGAGUAUAGUUUAAUCGCGUCAAGAUAACGAUUCUUCAAAUAUACAGCUGUACAACUAUAGGGCGGUCUCCGAUGCAUCAUAGUGACCAGUUCGAAUAUUGCAAAUAAAAAGAUUACGAAAA